AUGCUCAGAAGAUUGAUUUUUCUUCGACCUCGAAAGUGUGCAGUAACCAGAUUUUUUUCAUCAAAUAAAGACACAGACAACUUGAGAAAGCAAUUUCAGAAGCUUUCCAAAGAAAUGAAUGAAACAACGGCAGAGACAAAAAGUACUGAUGAAAUCAAAAUUAAGGAUCAGGCUAAAAUGACUGAAGACCUUAAAGCACAGUUCAAAGGCGUAAAAGAAGAUCUCUCUGACUCCCCCUUUAAAUUGGAAUAAAAAAUCCUGUUCAAAUUUAGAGGGGGUUAAAUUUUUUUUAAAAAAAAAUUAUUCUCUAUAAAAAAAUUUUUAAAAAAUCAAAAAUUAUAAAUUGAAACCAAUAUUUUGAAUUUUAAUUAUUUUUAUAAAAAUUAAUUUAAAAAAUAAAUUGAUUCAAUAUGAAAGCUGUUAAAUAAUACCCUACUUGAACUUUUCCGUUAAAUCAGGCGAAAAAUAAUUAUAAAAAUUAGUAUUUCUAUCAUCUAUAAAUUCCUUUUUGAAAAAAUUUCUGUUCCCAAUUUAAAGUACACAAAAAAUAGAAUUUUUACCUAUGUUUUGUUCUAAUUAAAGGGAGGCUAAAGAUCCCAAAAUGGAAAUUUUAAAUAUAUUUUGUUUCAAUUUAAAGAGGGGCAGUAAGCAGACAGGCCAAGCUAAGACUGCUCAAGAACGCUUAAAAGAAGCUUGGCAAGACUUUAGUAUGCCUAAAUUUACGAUGCCAGACUUUUCGAAAUGAAAAAUACCUCUAAAAGCUAGAGAAAAAGCAGAAAAAACGGAAAAAGAGCCAGAAGAAGCUAAAAAAGAAGAAAAAAUAGCUGAAAGCACACAAGAAUCAUCAGAAGCCAAAGAGGAAAAAAAAGAAGAAGCUCCACCAAAAAUCCCUUACUACGAGAAAUAUCCCAAACUUAAGAUAGUUCACAAAGCACAAUGCUAUAUCAAAGAAUCUUUACGAGAAACCUUCCCUGAUCAAGAAUACAAAGUAAGCCAAAUGAAAGAAAACGCCAAAAUCCAAAAAGCCAAAGAAGAAGAACUUAAAAAGUGGCUAGAAGAGCACCCAGGCGAUGAAAACGUCCCUGAAUGGAAAAAAGGCGCUUUACAAGUGGUCCAAAAAAAGCAGACGAAAUGGGAAAAACUCAAAGAAAAGGUAACCGGCUCAAAACUCGGGAACAAAGUCAAUGAAUCCACUCAAACAAUUCUUAGCCAAGAAGGCGUCAAAAAGGCCAAAGAAAAUGUGCAAGAUAUCAAAGAAGGAAUUCAGUCAAUCGGACUUGACAUUAAAGACUCUAUUCAAAUGUCAGACAACAGAAUCAUUCAAGCUGGCAGAGAGAUGCUAAGCCAAGCAUCAGUUGAGUCAGCUCAAGCAAAAGCAGUAAAAGCCAUGAGGGCAUAUGAUCCUGACUUUGAUAUUUAUCAACUGGAAAACGACCUCGAGCACAUUGUUGUUGAUUUUUAUCAACAUUUCUUAGACCUCAAUAAACUAAAUGAUUAAACUGGCCAUAAGUGGAUAGCCAGCUAGCUUUUGCCUCGUCUAGACUCCAAGAAUAACAGUCUCUAUAGUAGCUCUUGGAAUUCGAAUGGGGAAAAUGGAAGGCUGCCAUUUUGGAUUUUCGGCCUGAGCACUUGCCUAAGGGAUUAACCCUUGGGGUGGAGCUACCAUGACGGUGCUGACAAGGGAAUAAUACCAUAUGGUAGGAAAAACCUGUCUAGCCCAUCUGAAAGGGAUAGAAAAACCUUCGGGAAGAAACAAAAUUUCCCUCUUCGGCAGGUUAUUCUCAAAUCUGAAGACCUACCGGACAGAGGCCCUGCUUUUAGCUUCAUCGGGAUGGUCCUAUCUGUGCCAUAGGUAGUAAGCCUUGGAUUCCAAUUUCUGUUAACAUCACCAUUCUAUUUUUAGAUCUCAAUAAGGAAUAUGUGAAAAACGUUACUGAUGGGCCUGCACGUGAAUUUAUGCUGAAGCUUAUUGAAGGAAGAAAAGAGGGUGGAGGAGUACACAAACAGGAAAUUUAUGAGGUGACGAGACCUGUCUUCUUAGGGGUGAAUCUCGAGGAAAAACAAAAUCCUAGGUUUAGUUUCAGCUGCACUGUUAAGUAUUCUAGAGCAAAUACAGAUGAAGACGAUAGGAAAACCAAGAGCAAACUCCACAAAAUAAAUUAUUUCUUUAUGAUAGCAAGACAUCCAGACCCUGAUUUUGAGGUUUAUGGGCACCCAUGGCAGUUUAUUGUGUUCCAACCUGCCGAAGAUCAGCUCAGACUUGGCUAA